AUGAUCAUCUUUGCAACACCAAAAGUUUGUAAAGGAAAAACGCGCAUACUAUAUUUUUAUCUUUCAAAAUUAUUCUUUUAUGUUUACUUUUUCUUUCUCAUUUAUUACUCAAUACAAAAGCAUUCCUAUAUCAAUUCAACCAUGCCAAUCAUUCCAUUGGAAGAUGAUAAAGACGAUGACUGGAUUUUAGAGGACGAAGAUGAUCCUGAGUUUCAAGCUAUUUUACAGGGUAACUCUUCAAAAGGACCAGCACAAAGAACAUUAGAAGGAUCGGUGGCUGCAGUAUCAACGCGUCCACAGAAUGACAAGUAUGAAACCAUACCAGUUCCUGUAAAAAUAAAUACCCCUACUCAUCAUGCUAUGGAUUUUGAAAAUUUAAAAACGUACAUUUACCCUACGAAUUUUGAAAUACGUGAUUACCAGUACAAUAUCGUUGAACGCGCUUUUUAUGACAAUUUGUUAGUUGCAUUACCCACUGGUCUAGGUAAAACCUUCAUAGCUUCAACAGUGAUGUUGAACUUUCUACGAUGGUUCCCAAUUUCGAAAAUUAUAUUUAUGGCACCCACUAGGCCAUUAGUUGCUCAACAAAUUAAAGCGUGUUGUUCAAUUGCAGGGAUCCCCAGCUCUAAAGUAGCAAUAUUGUUAGACAAAACGCGUCGAAAUCGAGCAGAGAUCUGGAACUCUCGUCAGGUAUUUUUUACGACUCCCCAAGUUGUUGAAAACGAUUUGGCCUCUGGAGUUGUCAACCCAAAGUCAAUAGCAUUAUUGGUGAUAGAUGAAGCACAUAGAGCUAAGGGAAACUAUUCAUACAAUAAUGUUGUCAAGUUCAUAAAUAGAUUCAGUGACUCGUAUAGAAUACUAGCAUUGACAGCAACUCCUGCUUCAGAUGUGGAGGGCGUCCAACAGAUCAUAGACAACUUGAAUAUUUCUAAAGUCGAAGUUAGAACCGAGCAAAGCAUUGAUAUAGUAAGGCAUAUGAAGAGGAAAACUGUUGAAAGAAAGACGUGCUACCCUUCUUCUGAAAUAACAGAAUGUAUUGAACUAUUAGCAGAGGGAAUAACUCCAGUGCUAAAUACUGCUAAGGAAAGAGGAUUAUUGGACCUUACUGAUCCUACUAGAAUCAACUUUUUGCAAUGUAUGGAAAUUUCUAGAAAAAUCGUUGCUAAUCCAACAAUUCCUGAAGGUUUGAAAUGGAGCAACUAUUUUAUUUUACAGUUAUUGGGCAUGGUUGGUCAGUGUUAUAGAAGGUUGAAUAUUUAUGGUAUCAGAUCAUUUCAAAGUUAUUUCAAUGAAAAAUUCUUGGAAUUUAAAACAAAGUGGAAUGCAAAGAAGUCAACUAAUAAGCUUAAUGCUGAUUUUUACUUUAGUGAUCCUAUAACCACUUUAAUGGAUAGAGUUGAAGAAUUACUGAAAACAUUAACAUAUGGUCACCCAAAAAUAGAGGCGUUAAUGGAAGAACUUGAUGAUUUUUUCAAGAACCAUGAAACUGCUGGUUCAAGGGUUAUUAUUUUCACUGAAUUCCGUGAAUCUGCUUUGGAAAUUGUUCAAUGUAUUGAAAAGGCAAAUGAUAAUAGAAAACCACAUAUUUUCAUUGGUCAGUCAAAAGAAAAGGAGAAAUUUGACGUUGAAAAUUUUGGUAAGAAGAAACAGAAAGGUCAAACAAAGAAGAAAAAGGAUGAACGACCAUCUACUAGAUCGAGUUCAGAGAAUGCCCAAAUGACUGGGAUGUCGCAAAAAUUGCAAAAGGAAAUUAUCAAAAAAUUUAAAAAAGGUGUGUUUAACAUCCUUGUUGCGACUUCUAUUGGUGAAGAAGGGUUAGAUAUUGGUGAGGUGGAUUUGAUUAUAUGUUAUGAUUCCACUUCGUCUCCUAUCAAGAAUAUUCAAAGAAUGGGUAGAACUGGGCGUAAACGUGAUGGGAAAGUUUUGAUGUUAUUCUCCAGCAACGAGGAAUCAAAAUUUGACAAGGCAAUGGGUGGGUAUGAAUAUAUUCAACAGCAUAUCAUGAAAGGUGAUUUCAUACAACUUCGCCCGCAGCAUCGAAUGAUCCCUGAUGAAUAUAAACCUGAAGCGGUUAAACAGUUAAUUCAAAUCCCAGAAGAGAACAUUGAAUUGAAAGCAGAAGAUGAUGAAGAUGAAAUUAUAAGAAUAGCUACCCUGUAUAUGCUAGGUGGUAAGGGUAAGAAGGGAAAAAAAGCCAAUAAUAAUAGCACCAAGAAACCAGCUAAGACCUUUUUCAUGCCUGAUAAUGUUGAAACUGGGUUUAAAAGUGCUGCCACUAUGGUUCGUAAAGUUGGAGAUAACAAGUCUUUGGCCGAAAGAAACAAAGAAAAAACGUUUCUUGAUAAACUUGUGGAUUCGGACAGUGAGAGCGAAGUAGAUAAGGAAAAUGAAAAUGUUAUACAAGAAGUGGACAAAUCCAAAAAUCAAGAACAGAACGAUCACAUUAUCACUGAGUUGGAUAAUACUGAGCAGUCAGUGGCAGGUAAUACCAAAAGUACCACUAAUGGCACUAGCUAUUCGGAACCUGAAAAUAACAAUCAGGUAAAUCAAGAAAGUGUCACUGCCAACCUAGAUUCUGUUGCAAGGGUGCCAGAACCAGAAGUCAUUGAAAAUUCAGAAAGUGAAGAGGAACAGAUUUCGAAGAUAACACACAAUACACCAGCCACGUCAGUGGACCUUAGCAACGGUCCAGAGGAGACAAGCUACAAAAUUGAUCUGGUCCUUAUUGAUUUGAUUGAUGAUGAUUUUACAUUUAGUAGUGAUACUGAAGGGGAUAAAGUUGAGGUUAUUGAUGCCGUUUCACCUGAGGUUUGCAAAUUGCCCGAGAAACCAGCCACCCCACCGAUAAGAAAAAGUUUAGGUGUGAAAAGAAAAGUCAAUAAAACUCCAGAUCCCGAAAGCAAUUCAAUUAGUAUCCCAUCUUCUACCACAAAGAAGUCACAUAAUGAAGUAACUAGAAAAGUGGUCCAAGACCCAUCCACAACAAACAAGAAGUCACUAGGUGUAAAAAGACCCCGUCCUGUAAGUAUUAUUGAUCAAUUAAAAAGACAAAAGAUCAGAUCUCAAGUUAUAGUCUCAAGAGAAACUCAGAGUAUUAUCGAGCAUGAAAGUCGGACGCAGAGUUCACUUCCUAGUCCAAGAAAUAUGCUGGAUGAAAUUAGUGAAAUUGAUGUUAUAAUAGAUCUAGAUGAUGAUGACGACGACGACAACAAGGUUAAUGGCCAUGACAAGCUGCAAACCACUAUAUCCAAAGUGCAACCAAUUUAUGAAUUUUCUAAUAAAGAAGAUGAAGGGUUUCUUUCGAGUCUGCAAACUCGUGAGCUAUAUAAAAACUAUUACAUCGCUAUUGACUCAAGUGACGAUAUCCCUUUUUAUGAUCCAGUACAAGGAUUUUCGAAAAUCAAGGACACUGACAAAUUCACGAUGGGUAGAACAGGUCCAAUUACACAUAGUUUGAGGACACAAAGACUUUUCCAAGCAUGUAACGCUGAAUUUGAUAGUCAACUUGCAGCACAAACAAAAGACAAUGAUAAACAGGACUAUACAUUCAUAUUAAAAAAGUAA